UUCGCACUUGUCCAAUCGGCCAUUCACGUGAUCACUCGGGAGGCUGUCAUAUGAUUUGGUGUGAAAAGAAGUGUGCAGAAGGUCGUGAAAAAUGUUGAAAUUCGCACUUAUCUCCCUUUUCUCCAUUGUGGCUGUCAAUGCCUCAGGAUUCUUAUCAGUGCAUCACUAUCCGGACUCGAUAGAAUUCAAGGGGAACGAUGAGCUGAGCACUGAUCUCAUUCCCGACGUUUUCCUCGCCUCCUUGGGCUACACAAUCGACGGCCAGGGCGACUUCGAUGGCCUUCGCAUCCGGAAUCCCUUCAGCAUGCCCAAGUCUGCCCUCAUCGUGCAGGUGGAUGGCAUUGAGAAGCUCAACUUCGUGUCCAGCAAGGUUCAGCAAUUCCCCUUGUUCGGUGCUUCCGCGGCCAAUGGUCUGGAUUUGCUCAAUUCCAGAGUGUCGAAUCACGUGAAUGUCGACUUGGAGGAUCACAGUGAAUCGCUCUCAUCGAUUGCGGAAGCUUAUGGUAGCAUCAAACCUGUACCUGGAAAGACUACCUCUUCUCUGAAGCCUUCGGUCUAUUCGGAGGACAAGGAUUUCCUGUACAAUGUGGCUAUCAUCAAUGAAUUGACCGAGAAGAUCAAGGCUAAAUCUUCUGCCGUACCACACUUGGUCACUGUUCGCAUUUCCCUCAGCGAAUUGGCAUCUGCUCACGAUGGACAGUCUUCUGCCGCCUUCACAGACGCCAAGAAACUCGUGACGAGGGCCAUUGAGGACCUGAUCGAAGCUGCUGAGAAUUGCAACGAUGGAAACAUACUCGUGGCCACAAUCACCAGCAAGGAUGAUUUGUCCCGUGCCAAGCGAGCAACUCCUGAACUCAGACAGGAAAUUCCUACUGACCUCAAUCUCGCCAAGUCAUACUCGUCAAACUACCCCGUGAUUUUCAACAUCAUCCUCUGGUUCGGAGUCGUGCUGUUCUUCACACUGCUCGCCAUUUGCUACGCCAUCGCCGACAUGGAUCCUGGCCGAGACUCCAUCAUCUACCGAAUGACCUCCACGCGCAUGAAGAAGGACAACUAAGCAGUCUGUGGAGCAGACCAGACACGAGGGGGAUUCGGGAGAAUGUGUAAAAAGUAUUACAAUUUGUUCCAGAAAUGUAGUCACGCCAGCGAGAAGACGGAUUAGCUAAAUCAUCUUGGAGUUAAUUUAAGCGUAGAUUUUUCUUGGCUGUAUAUUUGUGAGAAAUUGUCAUCAGGAUGCGUGUACAGUGAAAUAAAAUUAAAUUUUAGUUGAA